CAAAACUGGCACUAAAAUAUAAUAGUUAAAAUAGAUUAAGCGUUUGUUUUUAAAAAUGAGGACACGUGGCCCAUUUAAAUCGACGGUAGAGAUUGGGGACGAGGGUUUUUUCAAACGCAAAGCUCCCGGCAUCUGCUCACGCAUGAUCGCAUCGCAUUGACUGAUCGGUGGCGCUGCGCAGGCGCUGUCACUGGCAAUCGCAAGCUCGCAUUCCCUUCAUCCUUUCCUCUUCGAUCUUGGAGCGCCUAGGGUCUCGCAAUGUCGAAUCGCGGCAUCGACAUGGUUCUUGUCAAGGCGAUCGACGGAUCGCCGUCGCCCGAUCCGGCGGCGGUGCUCCUGCCCGCUCGCUAUCCAUCCAUGCCGAGGUAUCCUCCCUCGCCGCCCAGGCCCGACAUCGACGCCGCGCAAAUCCAGAGCGUCUCCUUCAAGGUAACCGGCAUGGAAUGCACUGCCUGUGCUGGAUCUAUCGAAAAGGCUCUCAAAAGACUCCCGGGGAUCAAAGAGGCGGCGGUGGCGGUGAUCCAAGAGAAGGCCCAGGUUGUCUUUCACCCAGCUUUCGUUGACGUAGAGACUAUCCGCGAAGCCAUUGUCGACGCUGGCUUUGACGCGGCCCUCUUGGAAGAUCCUGUCGAGCAGUCGACCACAGUGUGUCGUCUCCGUGUCAGAGGUAUGACUUGCACGUCGUGCUCGGGUUCGAUCGAGGCGGCGCUCAGGAAGAUCCAGGGGGUGAAGACUGCGGUGGUGGCUCUCGCCACCGAGCAGGCUGAGAUCCUCCAUGACCCCAGAGUGGUGAGCUGCGCGAAACUUAUGGAAGCUGUGGAGGAUGUCGGCUUCGAGGCCGAGCUGAUCAGCGCCGGAGAGGAGAGGAACAAGGUCCACUUGCAGCUGGAAGGGGUGCAUUCGCAGGAAGGCUUUCGAAACAUCGUCACCUCGCUCGAGGCUUUGGCUGGGGUGACGGAGGUGGAGCUUUUCCCUACGGAGGAAAGAGUGGUGGUUUCUUACGACCCGGACUUAACAGGACCGCGAUGUUUCAUAGAGAUCAUCGAGCAGACGGGACCGGCGAAUAUGUACAAAGCUCGUUUGGCUAUGGGAGCAGACCGUCGUCCGGAUAUGAAGACCGAGAUCAAGCACUACUGGAACCUCUUCUUAUGGAGCAUAAUCUUCACGGUUCCGGUGUUCUUGCUGGGGAUGGUGUUCAUGUACACUCCGGGCAUCAAGAGACACAUCGAGAAGAAGGUGAUCAACAUGUUGUCCAUCGGACAGAUACUGCGCUGGGUCUUGUCUACACCAGUCCAGUUCAUCAUUGGGUGGCGUUUCUACGUCGGGGCUUACAAUGCGCUGCGACAUGGCUCGGCCAACAUGGACGUUCUCAUAGCUCUCGGAACGAAUGCUGCGUACUUCUACUCGGUCUACACUGUUCUACGAUCUGCGACGUCCCAUUCCUUCGAAGGGACGGACUUUUUCGAGACGAGUUCCAUGCUCAUAUCGUUUAUCUUGCUGGGGAAGUUCCUGGAGGUUCUGGCCAAAGGGAAAACGUCGGAGGCCAUUGCGAAACUCAUGAGUCUUACGCCGGAUACGGCCAUCCUUCUCACGGUGGACGAGGGAGGAACCGUUGUUUCCGAGCGUGAAAUAAGUACGCAGCUCAUACAACGAAACGACAUCGUCAAAGUCUUGCCUGGCUCCAAAGUGCCAGCGGAUGGAGAGGUAACUUGGGGACAGAGUCACGUAAACGAGAGCAUGAUUACUGGUGAAGCUCGACCGGUUGCAAAACACGGCGGAGACAAAGUCAUUGGUGGGACUAUGAACGAAAACGGGGUGCUUCACGUACGGGCAACUCAUGUUGGAUCCGAGACGGCUCUUGCACAGAUCGUUAGACUGGUGGAGGCGGCACAAAUGGCCAAAGCUCCCGUUCAGAAGUUCGCUGAUCGUAUAUCUCGAUACUUCGUUCCCAUGGUUGUUCUUGCAUCAGCUUUAACAUGGGGUCUGUGGUUUGCUGCUGGAAAAGCUAGCUGGUAUCCCAAGUCUUGGAUCCCAUCGAGCAUGGACGAGUUCGAACUGGCACUUCAAUUCGGCAUCGCUGUGCUGGUCAUUGCGUGUCCUUGCGCUCUGGGGCUUGCUACGCCUACUGCUGUCAUGGUUUCAACUGGAAAAGGAGCCACGCAAGGUGUUCUUAUCAAAGGUGGUGCUGCUUUGGAGAUGGCACGCAACGUUGACUGCAUUGUGUUCGACAAGACGGGUACACUUACGAAGGGAGAGCCGAGUGUUGUUAACACGAAGCUAUUUCAGAACAUUGCUCUGAAGGUGUUCUUUACGAUCGUUGCUAGUGCCGAGACCAACAGCGAGCAUCCCCUAGCCAAGGCAAUAGUCGAGUUUGCAAAAGGUCUGAGCGCAGAAGAACCAUUUGAGCAGCAGCAAGUGGAGGAUUUCAAAGCUAUCCCUGGACAGGGAAUUCAAGCAGUUGUGAUGGGAAAAGGACUGCUGGUUGGGAACCAAAAACUCAUGUCUGAGAACGGGGUCUCACUUCCUCUGGAAGCCUCAGAGCAGCUCAAGGACGUUGAAGUGCUGGCCAGGACGGCGGUGCUGGUUGCAGUCGACGGGGAACUCACGGGCAUCAUCUCCAUAGCAGACCCGAUCAAACCAGAGGCACCGGCAGUGAUCUCCAUGCUCAAGCUGAUGAAGAUCAAGACCAUCAUAGUGACUGGAGAUAACCGAGGCACAGCUCUCGCGGUUGCUCGAGAGGUUGGUAUCCGGACGGAGGACGUGAUCGCCGAGGCCGAUCCAAAAGCCAAGGCCGAGAGAGUCAAGGAGUUGCAAAGCGCGGGCAUGGUGGUCGCAAUGGUCGGAGAUGGUAUCAACGAUUCCCCAGCUCUGGUUGCCGCGGACGUUGGAGUUGCCAUUGGUGCCGGCACGGACAUAGCGAUCGAGGCCGCGGACAUAGUUCUCAUGAAGAGCCACCUCGAGGACGUGGUCACCGCCAUCGACUUGUCCAGGAAGACGUUCUCGAGGAUCCGACUCAACUACGCCUGGGCUCUGGGAUACAACGUCCUGGGAAUCCCAAUCGCGGCUGGAGCGCUCUAUCCUUCCGCGAGGUUCCGGCUUCCACCAUGGAUCGCUGGAGCUGCCAUGGCGGCCUCGUCCGUGAGCGUCGUGUGCUCGUCGCUGCUACUCAAAUACUACAAGAGGCCGAAGAAGCUGGAGCACAUCGUCCACUAAAGAACGAUCGCUCGAAGGUUUGGAUUUCUAGUUUCUAGCACUACCUACUUGUACAAGUGAUAGCGAUUGGUUUUUCUUUGGUUUGGAGCUUGCGAGUAAGCGAUGAUCUUGCUAUCC